AUGACUGACUGGCGAUCUGAAUAUCUUACUUCCCUGCAAGAAGCAGAGCGGAACAAUCCUGUGAACAAGGACCUCGUCGAGGCUUGCUCCCAACUCGCCGAUCGCGUAGCCGCCCUCGAAGCCGAAAAGGUAGUCUGGCAAACCUCAACGAACCCCCCAACGUCAUCAGAAAACCCGUCGGGAAAAGGCAUUGCGACAACUGGCACGACAGAUAGUGGUGCGGAUCAGAGCAUCGCCCAACUACGGUUAGACCUAGCCGAAGCGCUCCGGUCUAAAGGCCAGCUGCAGAGCAGACUAAAAACUGCCGAAGAUGAACUCCAGAAGCUGAGGUCAAAAGCGAAAGUCGAUACUAAGCGUAUUAACGAUUUGACCGCCGAGCGUAACGCACUCACGGCGAAACUUAAGGACCGCAAUGAAGAGCUGGCUGGCAAGAACAAGAUGCUCAAGGAUAUUCAGGAUGAGAACCUGACGUUAAAUAUACAACUCGAUGUCACCGAGCAGAAAGCAGCUAAGGUCGCAGCUGAUAAUAAGGAUCUAAUUAAGAGAUGGAUGGAUCGGAUGAAGCACGAGGCAGACGCCAUGAACCUAGAAAACGAAUCACCAAGUAGUAAGAAUCGGAGGUGA